UCCACUAUAUAAGAAUCAGAUGCUGAUUGCCUGUUACAUUCACCCCAUUUUCAACUGAGCUCCUCCUCUGCACACAGCUCAAACUAAACAUCUCAGGAUGAGGGUCAGUGUGAUUCUGCUUUGGUUCUGCUUGUCUAGUGUUCAACUCCAGAGAGCUGAUGACCAGCUCAUAAUGGGGGACGUGCAGCUUCUGCACAACAGUCAUGUGGAAAGAUCAAAGCCAGACCAAACCAACGUCCAGCCCGAUGUGUGGACCGAGCUGAGAGACAUGGUGGUGGAGCAGAGGGAGCUGCUGAAGUUCUAUCAAAACCAGAUUGAAAAGCUGAAGAAAGAAAACACAGACAGGGUGGCGUUCUCAUUUGCUUCAGGCUUAAAUGGGAAUCAUGGGCCUCUCCCCAAAGACAGCAUUCUGGUUUUCCGCAAACAAAUCACAAAUAUUGGAAACGCGUUCAGUAAAAUAACAGGUGUUUUCACUGCUCCACUCAGAGGAGUCUAUUACUUCAGGUUUAAUGUACUUGGUUCCAGCAGGUCACACAGGCUGGCUGUAUGUUUGUUUAAAAAUAAAGAGAAAAUCUUAGACGUGGCUGAAUACCCGAAAGGACAGUAUGAGUACGCCGUUGGUGGAGCCACUCUGCUGCUGCAGAAAGGAGAUCAAGUGUAUGUUUUGCUCAGAAGUAACAGUCAGAUAAGUGACAACAGUGACAACCAUUGCAAUUUCAGUGGUUUUCUGCUGUUUGAGAUGGUAAAUGCUUUUAGUGCUGAGGAAAAAGAUGAAUUAGUACAGCGCUAAAAAUCUCAUAAUCAUCAUAUGGAAAUACACUGCAUGUAUUUUCAUUUUGUACGUUAAAUGACUUUCAUAUAUGUUGUGUUUCAAUCAAAAACGCAUUCCAAGUUCUAAAAUUGGAAAUGGACUGUGUACCAAAUACUUAGACUACAUUUAAAACAUGACCUGCAUUUUUAAUAUAGGAGAAAUAAUUUAACAUUGAGUAGCAAAUUAAGUGUCAGAAUUCAUUUAACAGAACAAAAACACUGUAAGUAUUUCAGAAUACAGAAACGUUGUGCUUGUU